AUACCUCUUGUCCGCAACCAUGGCGUCCUCAGAGCUGCUGCAGCAGAUCCAGGCUGGGAAGAAGCUCAAGAAGGCUCAAACAAAUGACAGGAGCGCGCCAGCUAUCGACACCGCGAAGGGCGGCGGAGGAGGUGGUGGUGUGAGCAGGGCCCCGGCACCAUCGAUGGGUGGCGGAGGUGGAGGAGGAGGCAUGGGCGGAGGCCCGCCGCAAUUGGGAGGUCUCUUUGCGGGUGGGAUGCCCAAGCUGAAGCCCGCAGGCUCAGGUAAUCUGGGUAAACCUCCGACGCUAGGUAAACCACCUGCUAUACCAAAUCGUGGGGGCUCGCCGGGCGCGCCAUCAGCACCAGCGCCUCCUGCGCCCCCUGCACGUGCAGUCCCGACUCCAAAGCCGCCAGCUGCGCCACCAGCCAGACCUGCGCCUUCACUCCCAGGACGGUCUGCACCUGCUCCGCCGUCAGCGCCAGCCCCUCCCAAGCGUGCCCCUCCUCCCGUAAUCCGUACAUCCUCGCCGGGAGGGGCACCCACACCUCCAGCGCGUUCUGCGCCGCCACUGCCGAAUCGCAGCGAAUCGCCUGCCAGAUCAGGCUCUCCUGCAGGGCGACCUCCCCCAGCGAUACCUUCGCGUCCGGCGCCUGGCUUGCCUGGCAGGGCACCCCCAGCCCUUCCUGGACGCGCUGCUCCCCCUCCCCCUCCGCGCCCUUCGAGCGUUGCUGGGAGCGGCUCACCUGGACGUGCUGUGCCGCCACCGCCUGCCCGGAGACCGCCUCCUGCUGCGAACCUCGCGCCUGAGCCGCCUGCGCGUGUGCGAGCUCUGUCGGAAAGUGCGCCGCCUACGGUCGCUCACACGCCCUCACCGUCUCCUCCACCGCGUCCAUCCUCAGGGCUGGCACCUCCACCUCCUAGACAGCGCACGGUCUCUUCCGGAGCGACCCCGUCCCUCAACGGCGUCAAUGGGGUCUCGUCGCGACCGCCGCCACCAAGGCGCAAAAUACCCGAUCCACCCGCCAAUGCCGGACCACACAAGUUUCCUGUAAGCGACUUUCCUCCUCCGCGUGAAUUUACGCCGAGCGUAAAGAAAUACAGUAGUGGACGUGAGCAGGGAUGCGACUUUGACCUUGACAGUCUAUGAAGGAGCUCGGGGACGGACUCUACUUACAAAGCCAGGGGGCGGGCGCGCUCGGCGUAUCGUGCGGAGGACUAUCGUUGAUUACUCUAGGUUACGAAGAUAAUAGAGCUGUUGGACCGAGCUUAGUCUGGAG